CGUGCCGCUUCUGCGCUGCGGCUGCCCCGGGCCCGGCGCACGCCCCGCCGAACUCCUGCGUCCCAGGAGAACGGGCCGGGCUUAGGGCCGGGCUAGUGGCCGCCGGGAGGCACAGGGAGUUCUCAAAGAGAAGGAGAGGCGGCGGAGAGCGGAAAGACGAUCGGACGUCUGCCGCUAACCGCUCCCGAGCCGCCUGCAUCCCGGCUCGCCCAGCCUGUGGUCCGCGGACACCAUGGCCGGCGAGAUCGAGGAUCUGAACAGUCGGGACGCGCAGACUGUCUGCGACGGCCUGGGACGCUACGAGGACACGCUGCGGGGCGCUGUCCGCGAGAUCCAUGUGGACAUCCAGCUGUUCAAGCAGGGAGUAGGCCGGCAGGUGGAGGAGGUGCUGCGCCUCGCCAGCCCCUUGGCACACGCUGUCUCCGAGCUGCAGCAGGAGAACCGGCGCCUGCGGGUACAGCUGGAGCGCCUGUCUCGGCAGGUGGAGGCCCUGGGCCGGUCGGCGGGGCUGUCGCAGGAGUGGGUGAACGAAGCGGCGGAGAGCCCUCAGGUCGUUGGGCCCGGCUCGCCAAGGCAAGGUUCAGCCGACGGCAUAUUCUCCAGUCAUGCCAAGCUAGCGGUCACUGGCCGGAGCCAAAGUGUAGACCUGGAAGACCACCAGAAACCUGAGUUUAGAAGAGUUUUUAGUUCUUCCAUCAUUGAAAAUGGGCAUCGAUCUUCAUCAUCAGGUCAGGCAAAAGUUGCCCAUGAACGGACUUGUUUUCAGAUGUCAGAAUCUUCUCCCCCUGAAGCCCAUGCGCCUGCAGUCACCUUACAGAUGCCCCAUCUUCCUGUUACUGCAGUAACCAGGACAUCUGAGAAGUUUUCAGGAGAGAACAUCUGUCCAACAGGAGCAACUAAUACAUCUUUUUGCCUGCCGGGACAGGGCAAGACCACAAAUGCAAUGGGAGUAAAAUCUUCCAACCAGCCAGUGAAGGACUGGAAUUCAAUUACAACGAGAACAACAGAUUCAUCUGCCACUGGAGAGAAUGCUACUUCUGUCACCAAGUCUGUCUCAGCUGUGAACUACGGGCUGUGUAGUGGAGCCAAAACUGGUGAAAGUGCUGAUGACAGUUACUGUGAUGCGACCCCCAGUUCUCACUCCCCUCCUCCUACUGUACAUCACCAAGUUGAACGGAGGCGAGAAUUGGUGCGGUCUCAGACGCUUCCACGGACUACAGGAACACAGGCCAGGAAAGCACUUUUCGAGAAACUCGAACGUGAUGGAAAAGGAAAAGGAGAAUCCAGAGCUAAGCUGAAGAGGUCGCUGAGUUUUGGGGUUGCCAGCGCUAGCAGCAUUAAACAAAUUCUAUUAGACUGGUGCCGCUCAAAAACCAUAGGAUACAAGCACAUUGAUCUCCAGAACUUUUCCUCAAGCUGGAAUGAUGGGAUGGCAUUCUGCGCUCUUGUGCAUUCUUUCUUUCCAGAAGCUUUUGAUUAUAAUAAGCUUGACCCAGCUAAUCGCAAGCAGAACUUUGAGCUGGCCUUCACAACGGCUGAGAAAAUGGCUCACUGUGACCGUCUGAUAGAAGUGGAAGACAUGAUGGUGAUGGGUCACAAGCCAGAUCCCAUGUGCGUCUUCACCUAUGUCCAGUCUCUGUACAGUCAUCUACGAUGUUUUGAAUAAAACCAUUGACACCUCUCCAGCCAGAAGGGUCAAGUACAGCAUGCUAACAGAAAGAGUGACAUUUUGCAAAUGGAACACAGUAUUAUUUCUUGCUUUUUACUGUCUCUUUGCUUACAUUCAGCUGUGUGGCUGGCUGACUGAAGUAUUGCUAAGCAGUGCCCUGAAGUGUAGGUCACAUCACCAUGCCAGUAAUACAGAAAGAGGUUUGAAAAAGACAAAAAGACAUUGGCAAAGACAAAUAUUAUUAUUUUGGUGCUAGUAGUAAAUUGGAAUUUUAGGAUUUUUAUAUUUAAAGAUUACAGGAAGAAAAUAUGCUUCUCCUGUCUCUGUAAGGCUGGGGAAAAUUUUAUGCAGUGAUUCUGCUAUGAAGGUGUUCCAUCUUCAAAUGCAGGUAAAACUCCAGAAGAUAGCACCUUCAGUUUCACUUCUCUGGUGAGCAGAGUUAAAAAGAAAUAACAGAUGGACAAGGAAAAUUCUGUUUAGAAACCUAGAGUACUCAACCACUAGGGCAAUAAUGCCUCUUCCAACCCUACUCCUCCACUCCAGCAUACACACACAGAAAUCAAACAGGCAUUGUUUUGUUCUUUUAAGGUAUAAAGAGAGCAUAACUUUUUGUCUGACGAGUAUGGUGACAGAUUACUUUUACAAAAUGGCAUUUGUCUGUAAUGGUCAAAUCUCAUGGUAUUUGCUGAAAGGCUUGCUAAAGCCUCUACUGGCAGUCCUGGAUUAAUUUUUUGAUAAGAAUAGCAACAGCUGGGACUGUUUUUUUUCUGAGAUUUUUGUGCUUGCAUAGUUUAGGAUUGCAGGUGAGGUAGGAGCUAGCAAGGUACAAAAUCCUUUAAACAGAUGUAAUUAGAAACAAGCCUGUAACGUGCUUUUACGUGGACUUAAGGGGAGAGCAGCUCUUCAGUGUAGACAGGACUGAACUCUUUACAACUUGUUCAGCAUAGAUGCUGAUUCUGAGGUAGAUGAACAAUACACAAAAAAUAUAUAUGAAAAAUGUGGGAGUUUCAAAAUAGCUUCAAAAGCCUUUCACUAGUUUCACUUUUCAGUUAAAUUAGCAUUAAAACCACAGUACAGUUAAAUUAUUCCAGAUAUUCUGGACUAAAAAAAGCCUUCUAAUGAUUUCUUCCCUAAGAACAGGCUCACAGAAAGUAAAAACUGAAAGCCACAAGUCCUCUGCUUGUGCUAGAGAAUGUUUUUUAACCUGUCCUUGUGCUUUUUGUAGAUAUUUAGAAAGAUUAACUUGGUUCUGUAUUGAUGACCAUUUAUAAUAAAACACAUCAAGCAUUCUUCAGUUUUAUUGCAUCUUUUUAGAAUGAUGUGACAGAUAACCAAGUAAAAUCAGUGGAAACAACACAGAGCUUUUACUUAAAAGAUUUUUGUUCCAGUCAUAAUUCUGUGUGUUCUGAAUUUCAGUUAAAAAAUACAUAAAUUCAAUUGCAUUUGAAAUAUGAAUUUAGUUGUCUCCCUUUCUAGUCAAGUUCACUUAAGAAACCAUGAAUGAAGAAGCAACUGCUUUGUUAGCAUAUAAGUGCCAUUGACUUCAGUUUUUUACUUGUUUUUAAUGACUAUAAAUCUGAGGAGUAAGUGUGCACCUGUAGCUCUACCAAAUGUAUUGUAAGGGUAAACACAUUGUACUUACAUUUUGGAGGAGUUUGGAUUAAGCAUGAUGAGAAAUCUGUCCAAAACUGGUACACAGAAUACACCUAUUUACAUUCUUACAGUGGAAUACUUUUUAUUGAGUAGCAGAGCCAAGUUCCAUCAUAACUACCACAAGAGGGUCAAUACUGGCUUAAUACAUCGCAUUCCUUCACAGUCCAAGGUCACAGAUGAUUUUACUGUGUGAUGUGAGUGCUGAAGAGACAGGCAAGGGCUUGGCCAAGUCAGACUUAAUAGCAUAUAAUUAUAUAAAGGAAGUUUUAGACUGUAAAAUUAUUGGAAAUUCACCAGGGCAUAAUCUAGCUUGGUUUUGCAGCUCUUCACAAGGUAUCUGUACAGGUUUUCUAAAGUCUUCCCAUUUCAGAGAGGUGAUGGUAAAGACACCUGCCACCUGUUUGCAGGGAAGUGAAAGACUAUAAGCUGAGUUGAUCUAUUGAUGGUUUGUGUGUAAGGGUUAGUACUUUGACAUACUUUUAGAAAAACUGACAGCUUUGUGUAUUAAGAGGUCUGCUUUAUAUGAAAAACUUCAACUAUCUGAUUGUAUGAUUAAAUUAAAAUUAAAGUAUAUAAUGUAUGCCCCCAACUGAUUUUUCAGUAUUUUUAUUUUAAAAAAAAAAUGCAGAGCAUGUGUGUAUAUAUGACAUUGUGUUUAGCAUGAAUGAUAAAGGAACAGUCUAGUAAGUUGGUAUAGUAUAUAUUUUACACAAAUGGACUGUUUCUUAACUUUUCUAAUGUUUCUAUAUUAUGUCCAAAAGUAUAUCUAUGGUUGCUUAUUGACAACUUGAUCCUACUUCUAAAGUCUAAAUCAGUUUGUUCUGUGCAAUAUUUUCAAGAUAAUGUCAGCAGAGACAUCAUCUACUUUUUAAGACUAUGCUUCCCACAGCGGGAAGUUGUUCUCUUUUGAAGUGUAAUAUGUGGAUGAAUGUCUUUCAUCACUUCUCCCUUUGUGUGAUAUUUUCAAUAAAGUGUUUAAUCUAAACAUA